AUGUUAGACAGAAUAAAACAUAACUUUCCACAUUUAAAUCCCACUGAUAGUGUACCAGAAGAAUUUUAUAAUAAAUUAAUGAAUAUAGUAGAAAUAUUUGUGGGUAAAGAUUGCAUCGAUCAAAUGUUGCAAUAUUUAGGAAAAAUAGAUAAAAAAAAAUUAACAUUAAUUUCUCAUAACGGAAGCGGUUUUGAUAACUGGAUCGUGCUUAAAAAUGCGAAAAAACUAACGCAAUUUCCACUAGUAACAGCUAGAGGCAUUCUGUCUCUACCUUUAACUUAUUUAUUCACCGAUGAAUAUUUACAGAAAAAAUGGAAAAGACAAAAACAAAUAAUGGGCAACUCUAAUUAUUUGCAAAAUACUAAUUUCAUAUGUUCCUAUCAACAUGAAAAAUCUAGUUUGGCGGCAUGGAGAAAUUCAUCUAAUCUACCGAUGAAUUUGAGAAAGAUCACCGAUAUUAAUAUUGCAAAAUACACCAAAGAUAAUUGGGAAUCAUUAAGACAUGAAUGGGAACCUUAUGCUAAAAGAGAUACGUUAUGUCUCGGAGCUUCUUUGAUAAAAUAUAACACAGUUAUGAAAGAAGUUGUAUUCCAGAAUAUUUCCAAUAAUCUAACGGCUCCUUCUUUAUCUUUAAAGGGUUGGUAUUAUUUAUAUCAUUACAAUAAAGAAAUGGUUGAAUAA